AAUACACGUAUUCUCGCCGGAAAGAACAAUUUGUACACAAAUGAAAACUGGAUGCUCUUAUAAAGAGGAGCAUGUUAGAACAGAAGAACAACAUGUCGGCGAAAAGAAAAGCGGAUUGUCAGGUGCCGGCUGAAGAAACCGAUCAGCUCACGAUUAGACCGCUAGGGUCAGGACAGGAAGUAGGUCGAUCAUGUCAUCUUUUGGAGUUCAAGGGCAAAAGAAUAAUGCUGGAUUGUGGGAUCCACCCUGGAAUGAAUGGAUAUGCAUCUCUGCCGUUUCUUGACCUGGCAGACGUUGAAGACAUUGACUUGCUUCUCAUUAGCCAUUUUCACUUGGAUCACUGUGGUGCUCUGCCCUAUCUGUUGGAGAAGACAGCAUUUAAAGGGCGAUGUUUCAUGACACACGCUAGCAAAGCCAUUUACCGAUGGCUGCUGUCUGAUUACGUCAAAGUCAGUAAUAUAGCCACAGAAGAUAUGCUGUAUGCUGAAAAAGAUAUUGAAAGCAGCAUGAAUAAAAUAGAAACAGUGAACUUUCAUCAGGAGACUGAUGUGAAUGGUAUUAAGUUCUGGUGCUACAAUGCUGGUCAUGUGCUUGGUGCAGCCAUGUUUAUGAUAGAAAUAGCUGGUGUUAAGGUUUUAUACACUGGAGACUAUUCUCGACAAGAAGAUCGGCAUUUAAUGGCAGCAGAGAUUCCGAACGUCCGUCCUGAUGUUGUUAUAAUUGAAUCUACAUAUGGUACUCAUCUGCAUGAAAACCGUGAAGACAGAGAACUCCGAUUUACUGGUCUAGUUCACGAUAUCGUCAACAGAGGGGGUCGGUGUUUAGUUCCAGUGUUUGCUCUAGGAAGAGCUCAAGAAUUGUUGUUAAUUUUAGAUGAGUACUGGAGUAAUCAUCCUGAACUUCACGACAUUCCGAUAUAUUACGCCUCGUCCCUUGCGAAGAAGUGCAUGACUGUGUACCAGACUUACAUCAACGCCAUGAAUGAGAAGAUCCGACGCCAGAUCUCCAUCAGCAACCCGUUUGUCUUCAAACAUAUCAUCAACCUAAAAAGUAUGGAACAGUUUGAAGACAUUGGUCCAUCUGUGGUGCUAGCGAGUCCUGGAAUGAUGCAGAGCGGUCUCUCGCGAGAACUCUUUGAAAGCUGGUGUACCGACAAGAGGAACGGCUGUAUUAUCGCCGGGUACUGUGUGGAGGGAACCCUGGCGAAGCUGAUCUUGUCAGAGCCAGAGGAGAUCCAGACGAUGUCCGGACAGAAGCUGCCGAUGAAGUGUUCGGUGGACUACAUCUCAUUUUCUGCCCACGCAGACUACAAACAGACCAGUGAAUUCCUCCGUGCUCUGAAGCCGCCUCAUGUCGUUCUGGUUCAUGGGGAAGCAAACGAGAUGAGUCGUCUCAAGUCUGCGCUGCAGCGCGAGUACGAGGACAACAGUGAGUACAAGAUGGAAGUGCACAACCCACGCAACACUGUGGCCGUCGAAUUGCACUUCCGCGGAGAGAAGAUGGCAAAGGUUGUUGGAACAUUGGCUUCUUCCAAACCGAAUCAAGGGACAAAGAUUUCUGGCAUUCUUGUGAAGAGAAACUUCAACUAUCACAUCGUGGCUCCUAAUGAUCUACCUACUUACACGGACCUGGCGAUGAGUACAGUGACCCAGCGACUCAGCAUCGCCUAUACUGGCACCAUGCCGAUGCUCCUCUACUACCUCAAUCAGCUUUCCGGGGACGCGGUACAAACCAAGGUCAACGACAAGGUCACACUGAGGGUCUUCCAGAGCAUUCUGGUUAUCUUUGAACCAAGAAUGGUGGUCAUAGAGUGGAUCGCCAACCCCAUCUCAGACAUGUAUGCCGAUGCGGUAGUGACCGUGAUUCUCAGAGCAGAGAAAGAUCCCAUGCCACAGAAAGCUGUACCAACACCGAUCAAGGUGGACAAGAAUCAUUUCCAGGAAUGUGUGAUGGACAUGCUACACGAGAUGUUUGGACCGGAGAGCACGGGAAAGUUCAUCAGACAGGACAAACUGACAGUUACCGUUGACGAGAAAUCAGCCGUCAUCAAUCUGAACACGCUGGAGGUAUCUUGUAAUGACGAGGCACUGCAACAGGUGAUUCACACAGCUGUGACGCGACUUCACCAGGCAAUCACACCACUUAAAGUCGCUUGAAAAUAGCAUGGGGGGAAAAAGCCUUGAAAAAAAAAAAAAAAAAUUCAGUUACUUUCAGCUGUUACUGGAUGUUUGAAAUUCAGUCUGCUAGUGCUAGAAAAAUUAUUUCAAAGAUUUCAAGGUCUGUCAAAUCCUCUAGCCCUUGGUUUUGGAUAAUAUUACUAAUAAAUAGGGCACUAGCCAAAACUUCUUUCUCGAAUAUUGGUACAAUGAUAAAUAGUGGCUUGAAGACGAUAUGUGAAGAACAGCCCAAGAAAAUACAAUUACUAGUCGGCAGAAUGUUACAGGAUGUCAAGUCUGCCAAGAAAUACCUAACUAAUCCAGCUAAAAAGUUUAGUUUUUUUAAAUCUACCUACAUACGAUGGUUAUAUUUAUUAUGGAUAACACUUUGAUCCAGUGACUUAAACUAAUAUAUCCACAUUUAAAAGCAUUUCAAAACAGAAAUCAGCUGAAGGAAAUGCUUAUGCUACAGACUUGAAAACAGUUGUUUUAACAGGGUCUUUGAUACAGCAAAUAUCAGGUGGAAAAGUGACAACAUUAUUCAUUAUUAAAGUUCUAAAAGUGCUGAAGAACUUUUCAUUGGUUUUGCAUUCUGUAUAUAUCUAGCAUCUCAUUCAUUGAACAUUAAAAUAUAUACUGUCAAAA